AUGCUGUGUGUGUGUGUGUGUGUGUGUGUGUGUGUGUGUAUGUGUGUGUGUGUGUGUGUCUCUCUCUCUCUCUCUCUCUCUCACUCUCGAUCAAACCAAUUCAUCACUCUCUUCCUUCUCUCUGUCUCUCUCUCUCUGUCUCUCUCUGCUGUCUCUCUCUCUCUCGCUUGUGUUGGCAGGCAGGCGGAGAACGAAAGAAAGGGCAGCGGUGUGGUGGUGGUGGUGGCGGGUGACCGCUUGCGGGGCGCAGGCAUUAUAAAGCCGAGCGUGGCGUUGGAUGCCGGCUCACCUGACCUCGGCCUGGCCGCUCCACGUAAGGGACGACGGGCAUCUGAUGAGAUCUAUAACACCUCGUUCCCGCGACGCCAUCAUGCGGACCACACCGGUGCAGAUCUCAGCUCCUCUCCCCCCACGCUGACCGAUGCCGCCCAAAACGUGAUUCAAGCUCAGCCCCUGGCGCAGCGUGUGGCCCCCAUAUCGCCUUCUCAAGCACGCAGACGCCACAGCCGGCUGGAUAGCUGCCCUCCCGGUCAUCUCGUACACCGACCUCACCCAGCGCUACGCCUCUUGUGGGACCCCAGCCUCUACGUGAACGGGGUAGCCCAACAACCGUCCGCUCAUGCCGCUCGAUUGGAGGCUGCAGGAGACAGCCAUUCCACUUCAAACCGAGCAACGCAACCAACGCAACAACGCCAAGUUGAGACCACGGCUGCUUUGAACCCCGAGGAUGAGCCUGCGACCGAAGCAAACACCGUUCCUGCAGUCCAGGCCAUGCCUGUUGCGGGUGCUACCUUUUGCAUGUCCGCGCUGCUGGAUGCCGCACCAGGUGUGGCCGAACCCACUGUGGCUGAAGACAUGGCGCAACACUCCCCGCCUCCUACAGACCGGGCCACUCGCUCCCUCUGGCGAGAGGCGCCCAUCUCUUCGCAUCCUUCCCGGGUAUUAUUCGACACGGACGCCCAAAGCAUGCUACGCACGCCAGCUGCGCCGGCUGCGCCGGCUGCACCAGCUCAGCUGGUCUUACCUCGCCCCAGGCAGGCUGGGCGAGGCUUUAGUGUGGCCCGCUCCAACUCGUUUGCAUCUCGACCUUUUGCUGCGCGCAUGCACCCUCCUCCGUCUUCCCCACCACCCCUCGCUCGCGUGCCGCUGGGCCAGGACCUGCUGGACCAGGACCCCUUGCCCCAGCACCCAGUACCCCACGCGCUUCUGAGACACGGCCCUGUGAGCACGGCUGAGAGCUCGCGUCUCAUGACUGGGUCACCCGAGGUGCCCAUUAACGGAGUGGAGCAGCAGCCAUCGGCCGUUCUUCGCGCUCGGCGCUGUAUCACGGGUCAUCACCCCGCCUAUCCGGAGGGACCCGCCGAAGAAAACGGUGGAUCGGACGCCGCAACACAAGCCGCUGACACGGCGACGUGGUGUACCAUGUCGCUUGAGCCACAGCUGGCAGAAAUGCACGUGUUGUCCGACCAAAUCUCCCUCGUAGCAGACCGCGUAGAUGACCGCUUUCAUCAGCAUCUGCCGCGCAAAAUGGAAAAGGCCCCGAGCCCCAACUUCAACAACUUUUCUGGCCACCCGCCCUCUCCCUUGCCCUACCGCCCAGACCGUGUGGUGUUUCGUCGGCCGUCCCAAGGCGCAAUCAGACGUGCAUCCAUGUUUUGA